AUGACUGAUUGCCAGAAUACACAGCACCAGCCUGUAUCAAAGCAUGAUGAGGGUUGGAGAAGGAUAGUGCGCAAUUUCACACCUUCGUGGUUCGCUGUGACAAUGGGCACAGGCAUCGUAUCGAUCCUGCUGCAUAAUCUCCCCUAUAAUGCGUUGUGGAUUUACUGGAUUUCUGUCGUGAUAUUCGCCCUGAACGUGCUGCUUUUUUCCCUAGGGUGCAUCAUUAGCAUCCUGCGCUAUGCUUUAUACCCGGAUAUCUUCAUGGUGAUGAUUACACACCCAGUUCAGUCCAUGUUCAUCGGCACUUUUCCCAUGGGUCUUGCCACAAUCAUCAAUAUGAUCGUCCUUGUCUGUGUACCUGCAUGGGGUGAGUGGGUAAGAUACGUGGCCUGGGGAUUAUGGAUUUUCGAUGCCGUGAUUUCCGUGAUGACAGCCUUAUCAUUACCAUUUAUCCUAAUGGCACAAGGAAGCGAAACUCACCUUUCCUCCAUGACAGCUGUUUGGCUUCUUCCUAUUGUGAGCUGCAUCGUGGCCGCCUCCUCCGGGGCCAUUGUUGCCGAGGUACUUCCCAACCCGGAACAUGCACUCUGGACCAUCCUUGUCAGUUAUGUGCUCUGGGGUAUUGGAGUACCCCUUGCGUUGAUGGUCAUUGUCAUCUAUCUCCAGCGCUUGACCUUGCACAAAUUACCACCCAAGGCUGUUAUUGUCAGUGUAUUUUUACCGUUGGGCCCUCUGGGACAAGGUGGAUAUGGUAGUAUGAUGAAGUUAGGUCAAUGCGCUCGAGACAUUUUCCCCAAAACUCACACGCUGGAAGAAGGUUCAGGACCCACCUUCUACACCCUUGGCUUUCUAGUUGCCCUGAUCCUGUGGUCUUUUGGGCUAGUCUGGCUCUUCUUUGCAUCCGCGUCGAUCGCCCACUGCAAGAAAUUUCCUUUUAACAUCGGAUGGUGGGGGUUUACUUUUCCAUUGGGCGUGUAUGCAGCUAGUACGACCCAAAUGGGGACGGAGCUGCCUUCCAGGUUUUUUGCAGUGCUUGGAACCAUUCUGUCGCUCUGUGUAGUGCUUCUAUGGAUCGUUGUGAGUAUUCGGACCCUGCGUGGGGUGAUCUCAGGCAAGCUGUUUUUCGCGCCGUGUUUGGCCGACCUUCAGGUUGUUGAGGAGAAAGAGGCGAGCAAGGCGGCAUAA